CUAUAAAACAUGGAGCUAAAAAGAAGAAGAUGAUAGAAGAGAGAUGGCAGUUUGUUCAUCUUCAUCACUCUCUGUUUUCUCUGUCAAUUCAGUUCCCAAAACCAGUUCUAAGAACUCUGACAUCAAUCUCAAACUAAACAAAGCUUCUUAUAAUGUCGGAUUGUACGGAAAAUCUAGUGGUCGAAGUGGGCUCACAAAGUUGAAUGCAGGUGGGAAGCUGAAUCUCAUCGAGCCAGAUCUCAACGAAGAUCCAGUUGACCGUUGGGCCACAUUCGGUGUUAGCCCUGAAGAUUUUAAAUAUGGAGAGUAUGAUGGGCACCAUACUUACUUCGAAACCGACGAGAGAGGAUCAUUUUGGGGAGCAAUUGCCGACGAUGUCAGGGCCACAGAACCGCCAUCAGGCUUUCAAGGAUUUAUAUCAUGGGCUUUCCUCCCUGCAGUUGCUGCAGGAAUGUAUUUCAAUGUUCCGGGGGAGUACUUGUUCAUUGGAGCAGCUGUUUUUGUUACAAUUUUCACCAUAUUUGAGUUAGAUAAGCCGGACAAACCCCACAACUUUGAGCCCGAGAUAUACAAUAUGGAAAGGGGAGCUCGUGACAAGUUAAUCAAUGACUACAAUACCAUGAGCAUCUGGGAAUUCAAUGAGAAAUAUGGACACCUCUGGGAUUUCACAGUGAAGGUGGAAGAAACAACAAAGAGAUAAUUUCCUCUGAUGAAUAGGGAUUGUAAUUGUUACUCUAUAAGCAAAAUUAGAAUGCAAGGUAUAGUUCAUAUUUUCCUCUCA